UCACCAGUUAGCAGAUGAUAGAUGACAUCAAUUAUUUAUACAUUUGGCUCUGACUUCUUCUUUUCUCUUUUCUUUAUAUUCUACUAACCUUAUCUCACCAAUUCAACCAUCCAACCACGCCUCGCACAAAUCCAGAGACGGAACUGAUUUACAGAAUCGCCAUGGAUGACCUCAAACCCACUCCUGCAAACUCUCCGCCAUUAACACCCGUCGGUUUCCUAGACAGAGCCGCAACUGUCUACGGCGAUCGCCCCUCCGUCGUCUAUAAAAGUACCUCCUACACGUGGUCGGACACCCACCGUCGAUGUCUCCAGCUCGCCUCCUCCCUCUCGUCGCUCGGCAUCAAGAGAGGCCACAUCAUCUCCGUCAUCGCUCCCAACGUUCCCGCCAUGUACGAGCUUCACUUCGCCGUCCCCAUGGCCGGCGCCGUCCUCAACUGUAUCAACACUCGCCUGGACGCUCGCACCAUCUCCGUCCUCCUCCGACACUCCGAGUCAAAGCUUAUUUUCGUUGACUUUUCCUCCCGGUCUCUGAUUCUCGAAGCGAUGGAUUUAUUCCCGCCGGAGAUGAAGAUUCCGGGGCUCGUCCUCAUCGGCGACGAUGAGGAUGAGGAGAAGUCAUCCGGGAGCGUUGACUCGGGUUCCCGGUUUUGGUCUACGUAUGAGAGUUUAGUGGAGCGAGGAGAUCCGAAUUUUAAAUGGGUCAGACCCGGGAGCGAGUGGGAUCCGAUUGUGUUGAACUACACGUCCGGAACGACGUCGUCUCCGAAAGGAGUAGUUCACUGUCACCGGGGUAUUUUUCUCGUCACCGUUGAUUCUCUGAUCAGCUGGGAUGUGCCAAAGCAGCCGGUUUAUCUCUGGACGCUUCCGAUGUUCCAUGCAAACGGCUGGUGCUUUCCUUGGGGCAUGGCGGCCGUCGGCGGGACCAACGUCUGUCUCCGGAAGUUCGACGCUCCGAUCAUCUACGACUUAAUCAGACGACACGGCGUUACCCACAUGUGCGGCGCACCCGUCGUGCUGAACAUGCUAACUAACGGAAACAACGAGCCGUUAAAAAAUCAAGUACAGAUUUUAACCGCCGGCGCUCCACCGCCGGCCGCUGUGCUGUUAAGGACGGAGUCGUUAGGAUUCGUCGUGAGCCACGGGUACGGGCUGACGGAAACGGCGGGGCUCGUCGUGUCGUGCGCGUGGAAAGAGAAGUGGAACAAGCUCCCGGCGACGGAGCGAGCGAGGCUGAAAGCUCGGCAAGGAGUUAGGACGGUGACAACGACGGAGGUCGACGUGGUGGAUCCCCAGUCGGGAAAAAGCGCGAAGCGCGACGGGUUAACACUCGGGGAGAUUGUUCUAAGAGGUGGUUGUCUUAUGCUGGGUUACCUCAAGGAUCCUGCCGGAACGGCGAAGUGCAUGACGGAGAACGGCUGGUUCUUCACCGGCGAUGUGGGGGUUAUGCACCCGGAUGGGUAUUUGGAAAUCAAGGAUCGGUCGAAGGAUGUGAUAAUCAGCGGCGGAGAGAAUUUGAGCAGUGUGGAGGUUGAGUCGGUGCUGUAUUCGAACCCGGCGGUCAACGAGGCGGCGGUGGUGGCUCGGCCGGACGAGUACUGGGGAGAGACGCCGUGCGCUUUUGUGAGCUUGAAGGAGGGGUUGAGCCAGAAACCGAGUGAGAAGGAGAUAAUAGAGUAUUGCAGGGAGAGAUUGCCGCACUACAUGGUGCCGAAAACGGUGUCGUUUCAGGAUGAGUUGCCGAAGACGUCGACCGGAAAGAUUCAGAAGUUUGUGCUCCGGGAGAUGGCGAAGAAGAUGGGUUCAUCCAGAAGUCGGAUGUGAAAGUCAGUCAAUAGUGUUUUCAAGCCACGUGGAUGGAGGAAUCUUGUCUUUUUGAGGUUUAUCUUAUUUGGUCCCCUCAUUUGAAUCUCUAUGAUCAAAUCAAACAUUAUCUUUGACCUUAAAUAAUAAAUUUAAAUUAUAA